AUGCUGUAUGACCCGCCAUACAUGCUGUAUGACCCGCCAUACAUGCUGUAUGACCCGCCAUACAUGCUGUAUGACCCGCCAUACAUGCUGUAUGACCCGCCAUACAUGCUGUAUGACCCGCCAUACAUGCUGUAUGACCCGCCAUACAUGCUGUAUGACCCGCCAUACAUGCUGUAUGACCCGCCAUACAUGCUGUAUGACCCGCCAUACAUGCUGUAUGACCCGCCAUACAUGCUGUAUGACCCGCCAUACAUGCUGUAUGACCCGCCAUACAUGCUGUAUGACCCGCCAUACAUGCUGUAUGACCCGCCAUACAUGCUGUAUGACCCGUCAUACAUGCUGUAUGACCCGUCAUACAUGCUGUAUGACCCGCCAUACAUGCUGUAUGACCCGCCAUACAUGCUGUAUGACCCGUCAUACAUGCUGUAUGACCCGCCAUACAUGCUGUAUGACCCGUCAUACAUGCUGUAUGGAUCCACAAGCCAAUUUAUCCCAAAUAAUGACAGAACCAUUGAAUGUUUAUGCUCAGGAAAAACAGAUUUACUAACCCUCCGCAGUGAGUAG